ACAUUCUUCUUGGGCAAUUAUCAUAUACAUACAGCAGGAAGCGAAGCCUCAGAGGGCUAUAUAUUUCACAAUAUUUUAUAGCAAAACCUGAGGGUUUUUAACAAAAAAGUUUCCAUGAGACAUUCUUAAACUAAAGAAGAUAAUUUUUAAAUGGUUUUAACGACAAUGGUGGACUCCGAGCGAGAGGAGCUCGAGAAUUUAAUCGAAGACUGGAAUGCCAGUCGGUUGGAUAUGUUUACCAUCAGUAAACCUGAUGCGAAUUUGGAUUUCUCGGGAAACAUGCGUUUCUAUUUUCAAGAGCCCGGUGCAAAAGAUAGAAAAGUCUCGACGAAAGUUAUUCGUGUUAGUAGUUCCGAUACUACGGAUAAAGUUAUGAAGAUUUUAGUCUCGAAAUUUCAUCCUGAUUUGAAGAUGCUAACGAUGCCAAACUAUUCACUUUACGAGGUUCAUGAAACUGGCGCAGAAGCCCAUAAGCUUGAAUUGGACCAAAGGCCUUUGUAUGUUCAGUUAUAUUGGCAGCAGGCAGAUAGAGAUGGUCGAUUUUUACUCAAAAGCGAGGAAGAUCAGAUGACUCAAAAACUCUUUGAAGAUGAAGAAUCUGCCAUAGAUCCAGAAAAGCGAGGCUCGAAACAGCGACAAUCGAAACGAAAAGGCAAGAAGAAGCAAAAAGAUGCUGACGAAAACCCAAAAAACUUGGCAGCAGACAUUUACCAAGACAAACCUGCCUCAUCCUUCACAAGAACAAAAUCAAAUCCUGAAGCUGUCAUGAAAAUACAGAGAAAGAAAAAACUUGAGGACAAAUUGAAAAAACUUCAAAAUCCUGAGACAUCAGGAGGUGGCGGUGGACCUUUGAGAAUCUUUGCUGAAAGUCUUCAACCAGAAAAUCCGUAUAAAACAAUAUUAUGUGCAAGCAAUGACACCACUGAGACUGUACUGAAAGAUGCCUUGGAAAAGUAUGAGGUUCCGCCAGAAGAAAUGGAUCAAUAUUGUUUAACAAUGGUAACAAUUGCUCCAGGGAGUCAUAGUGAUCCAGAAUCAUCUUCAGGAAUUAGGGAAAGAAUUGUACCAGACAAAGAUUGUCCGGCUGGUAUUGCAGCAGCCUGGCCGGAAAACAAAGGUGAACUCCGAUUUUAUUUGAAGAAAAAAGAAAACAUGCCAAAAACACGAAUGAAGAAGCCUCGUGGUCGACCUGUCCUCCUGUCAACAGGUGAAAGCAGCCCACCAGCCAGCAAAGAAACAACAUUUGAUGUUGGCCCAGAACAUUCUCCAACUGAAAAGGAACCAAGCUCACCAGCAGUGCAUGUUGUGGAUGCAGCUCGAGAUCUUCCUGCCACCUUGGAGUUCCGAGAGUCUGGUGAGGAUGCCUUCUUUGCUGUGGUUGUUAGUGAAGUUAAUGGGACAGCAGUAAACUUCAAGUUGGCCCCUACUUUCACACUUUACAUGUGCUGUCGUUAUCGACUUUCCCCAAAAUUCCGACCCGACUUCCCUCAAAAUAAACGGCACGAAAAAGUGGAGCUGACCGCCAACAAAGUUGCAAGUAUGAUGUGGCAAACUGUAAAGGAAAACAAUGGUAUGGCUGGUCAUUUAGCUUUCUGGAUGGCAAAUUCUUCUGAGUUUCUUCAUUUCCUCAAGCAAGAUGUGGAACUUUGUAACCUGACAGAAGAAAGCCAGAAGAUUUUAGCUCACACAACACAGUUAGCGUUUCGUUCACUGGUUCAGUGUAUCAAGGCAGAGCUCCAGAGCUGCCUUCCAGCUUUUCUUGACCCGUCCAAGGAAAGUGACGUUGAUGAACAUGGUCAGAAUGGUGAUGAUAAGUUUGAUCCAAUGGAGGGUUAUCAAUCAACUCAGAGAAGUUUUAACGUCAAGCAGUUUGAUGCCCACGGUCAACCUCUUCGCGGCGAUCAUUGGCUGGGUAAGCGAAAGAAAGCUUCAAGGCCUGUUGUCGGGGAUGUCCUCUACACACUGAAAGCAGCGAUGUCAUUACUUCGUAGAUGUAGAGUGAAUCCAGCUCUUACAAUCCAGUUAUUCUCUCAAGUUUUUCACUUCAUAAACAUGUGGCUUUUCAAUCGUAUUGUUCUUGAGCCCCAACUCAGACUGUGCACCAGAUCCUGGGGGGUCAGACUACGGGAAAGAUUGGAGAAACUUCAAGCCUGGGCGGAGAGCCAGGGUCUUGAACUAGCAGCAGAAUGCCACUUGGCACGAAUUAGUCAGGCUGCUUUGUUGCUACAAAUCCCAAAACAAGAUUCAACUGCUAUCUCAUCGCACUGCUACAAAUUAAAUUCAGUGCAAUUGCGACAAUUACUGGAACUGUACCAGCCAGAACGAGACGAACCCCCCGUCUCACGAGAGCUGAUUGAGAAGGCUGUCAACGUCGCUGAGAGUACCGCUGACGAGAUUGCUCGCAGCGAGGGUCAACACGUUGGUCUUGAAGAAGAUCUGGAUCUCAAUCUACCAUUCCUCUUGCCAGACGAUGGUUAUUUCUCGGAGAAAACACGUGGAGUCCCCCCUGGCUUGAAAGAAUUUCUUGAUCCUUUGAUCACUCCAGGUUUGUGUCGUCUUACGAUUCAACCAAAAGCGUCAGGUCUUUGGACAGUGCAUUUCAAAACACCCACAGCUUUGGAUAGUCCACCACCAGAGGUGAUCAAAAUCUCCAUCAACAAGGGUAAUAAAGGAAUGGGUGUCAGUAUUGUGGCAGCAAAGGGAGCAAACCAAGAGCAUUUUGGCAUCUACGUGAAGGAAGUCAUCGAUGGUGGACCAGCAUCGCAGGAUGGUCGUCUGCAACCUGGUGAUCAAAUUAUUGACGUCAAUGGUGAAUCAUUGGUCGGGAUACAACAAGAAAGUGCCGUAAAGAUUCUGGUAAAAGCUGAUUCAAUAGUUCAUAUGACAAUCGCUAAGCAAGCUGUUUAUAAACACGGUCUUGUCGAGUUACUAAGCAAUGUCGCUCCGACCCAAAAACCGGAGCCGCCAAACAGACCAGCGGAGAACAGGAACCUCUCCCCACCCACUCAGAAAAAAGAAACCCCACGUGCACCCCCUAGAUAUUCACGUCCGGCUCAAGAUUCCCCUCAGCGGUCUCCUCCCCUCAGUACAAGCGGGCGAUCUGAAACCGAUCAGAAACAAGUGAACCCUGAACAGAAAAGUAAACCUGUGCCACCACCGAAGAGACGAAAUCCCUACGAUCGGGGCCCGCAUGAACCCGCAGAGCAGCCUCCCAUACAAACAAAGACCGUAGUACAAUACAAAUCAGAGGACCCGCAUGCACGAAAGCCUGCUUCUGUAAAGUCUGGCGUCCCUCUUCAUUACGCUAGCCCGCAAGAGAUACAAAAACGACAAAUGGAAAUGCAACAGCGAAAAGCGGAAGAUCAAGGAAUAGAGAAUUUUGAAAGAGAAAGGAUGGCCAGAGAACAGGAGAGAGAGGAGGCAGAACGAUUGAAGAGAGAAGAUCUUGUUCGUCGUGAACGAGAGAGAGUUGAAAGAGAAAAUAUGGAACGGAUGAAAAUUGAAAGAGAAAAUCAAGAAAGACAACGAAUUGAAAGAGAAAAUCAAGAAAGACAGAGAAUUGAAAGGGAAAAUCAAGAAAGGCAACGAAUUGAAAGAGAAAAUCAAGAAAGGCAAAGGAUUGAGCAGGAGCGACUGAGACGAGAGAAAGAGGAAAUAGAGAGACAGAAGAGAGAAAGAGAUGAAGUUGAACGUAAACGAAAAGAAGAAUGGGAGAAGAAAGAACGAGAGAGAAUCGAGCGAGAAGAAUCAGAACGUCGUAGGCAAGAAGAAUGGAAGAAACAGGAACAAGAGAAGUUGGAUCGUGAACGACGAGAGAGGGAGGAACGGGACAAACGUCUGCACCAUGAUAACGAAGAAUUGAACAAAAUGGCUCGCGAGCAGUUAGAAUUAGAGAAGUUGUUGGAGGAGAAACGUCGUGCAAACGAGCGAAUACGAGAAUUACAGCGGAAGCUUCAGGAAGAAGACGCAGAGGCCGCUAGAAUGCAGCGAGAAAUUAAUGAUCGGCUUAGAAAAGAGCAAGGUGAACCAUCAAGACCUUAUGAAGAAGCGCAGAAACUGGCCAGACCACCUGCUGGUAGUACACAGGUACAUUAUGUCGCUGAUAGGGGAUCAGAGAACGAGAAAAGCGGGUCGCUUAAAAAUGAUGAUUCGCGUCGGCCAGUGAGAGCUCCGACACCUGCCGACGACAGAAAUAAUCCUUCCAACGAAUACUCAAGAAGGCCGCCAUUAACGAAUGAAGCUUCUCGUGGAAACUUUGGUGAUGAAAAGAAAAGCGAAGCUCCUCGUCCAAACCGUCAAGAUUACAGACCAGUGCGAGCAGCACCACCUGAUGAAAACAGAGGUACUCCACCAUUGGAAUACACAAACCGUCCUCCUAGUGAAGAUAAUCCUGGAAAUGUUGUAACUGGAAAAAGACCGCCCAUGCAAGCUGCUAAAGACGACUCGUUUGACAUGGAUCCCGCAGAGGUAGAGCGACAGUUCCAACAACGUCUUGCACAAGAGAGUGGGAACGAUAGUGUGGACGGAGGAAUGGUUCGAGUCAUCCGGGUGCCUGUACAGCAGGAUAAUUGGGGACCGCGGGGGAAUGCGAGGGAUGCCGAAGACAGACCACGUGCACGUGUGGAUUGGCAACGAGAAGAAGAAGAGAGGAAUCGCAAGCAACAACAAUUACGAAGACAACAAGAUGAACAGUUAGUUCAAGAUUUCCAACAAAACGAAUUUCUAAGGCAACCAACCCCCGGAGCAGCGUCCGAGGUAGAAUCACACCAAAAUCAAGGGGAGUGGGAUAGAGAAAAGGAAUUACAGCGACAGCACGAGGAAGACGACCGACUCCGAGAGGCGAGAGCGAAUCAAUUACGAAAUAGAAAUAUCAAGCAACCCGACUCCGAUGAUGAUGUACGAGAUCCUUCUUCCGGCCGCACCCGACGAGUGAAGUUCGCAAGUGUUCGUACUGAGAUAAUUCAACCGUCACCUGACGCAGCGUUAGCAAAACCAGGGGUAAAAUUUGUCCAUGAUGAUAAGGUCGCAGACGACGUACAACCUAACAUCGACGAAGAAGACGUACUACCUCCUCCUCCUCCAUCACAGGAUCAAGCAGACUACUACCAAAGACCACCACCCCCACCAAAACCCCAAAGUUUGAUUAAUAACGGAGGCUCUAACCCCCACGAAUACCAAGGCGGUUCUAACCCCCCUCUUUAUAGAGACAAUGAGCAGAUGUCACGUGCGCGGGCUAGGCUCAGCGACGAUGGUUAUGCAACGUACCCAAGCAGACAACAACAGCCACAUAAUAAUAACUAUCCUGUGCCUAUGCCACGUGGUGGUAGUGUUUCAACCGAUUUCGGUAAAUCGCCAAGCCCUGAUCAGGCAAAACUACCUUUUAAAGACAAAAUGAAGGUUUUUAAUGAUAACACUCCACCUAAGAGACAAACGGCCUCGAAAUGGGAACAACAAUGGAUGAAUGGGGACUCUUUAUGAGACGUAUAAUCUGAUAAUUUGUGAGAUGGUUUGUUGUAGCUAUCUACAGUUUUCUAAAUAUCAUGGUUUGCCAAAGGGGGCUUCUUCAUAGCGCUACAAUUUUCGUAAUGGAAUACUGUAGAAAGCUACCUCAAUGCAUAACACGUACAAAAUAUUCUUUAGAUGAUAUCAUGUUAUCAUGGAUAUCUAGAAUUGAUGAUAUCAAUAUGUUGAUAUCAAUAUGAUAAUUUUGAUUAUAACGAUUUUAUUCAGCUUAUAGGCGCAUAUAACAUACAGUACAAGAAUUUUUUGUAAUUUUUAUUUUUGGCAAAUUUUAAUGAGGAGUUUGCCUGCUUAUGUCUAUACCUUUUCACCUGUAAACAACAAUGUAUUAGCAAUAUUUUAAACAUUUUAGCAGAAUGGCAUUUCUGGAAAACUUUCUCUUAACGUAAUUUGUUUCUGUGUUGUGCUUGUUCCUUAGGCUUUAGCUCAAGCUGAACUGAAAAGUUAAUAUAUACCAGCUAACUCUGAGUUUCUGUUAUGGUGUUCAGAAAUGGUGAAGGAAUGUUUCUUUUAAAAUUAUCCAAAGCAGCAAUUUUAGACGUAAAGCUGGUACACAUUUGUCUUUUCAGUUAUGAUAGUAAUAUAUCUUUAACCAAACGUGAACUGUACAUAAUUUUAAUUGCUUGUAUUAUUUGUGGUA